UCCAGCUCUUGCUGCAGCAGACAGAGACCUCGCAAGAAAAGGGGUGGCUGGAAAGGCGUAUGGAAAAUUGCACGAUGCUAUUCUUGCUCAUGCACCCCACUGCAAGGCAGUGUUUAUACUGAAACAUAUAAUUUACCAAAUGUAGUAAAUGCGGAUUCUUCAUGUUUUGUUGUUGUUGGGACAUUCAAAUAUGUUAUGUUGAGGAAAGAGGGGAGUUGUCCAGAUCUGUUUUGCACUUUUAACCAGUUCAACGUCGCUUUCAUCGCUGUGCAACCUCAAGUGCAUUUUGAGACCCUGGAAAUCUCUGAAACGCAUGUAGCCCUCUGCUUCACGCAUUUGACGGUUUUUGCCGAAGAGAUUUGUAGGCUAGGAUACUUUGUGGUGUCGCGAGGCGAGGUGUAUAGGUUUCCGUCAUCUAUUCCUAAAGAAUCAUGUCAUCUCAUACGAGAGUCAAGAAGGACAAGGAGAUUAUUGGGGAUUACGAGACUCAAGUGAAAGAGAUCCGUAACCAGUUGGUGGAGCAGUUCCGAUGUCUUGAGCAGCAGUCAGAGUCCCGGCUACAGCUUCUGCAGGACCUGCAGGAAUUCUUCCGCCGCAAGGCCGAGCUGCAGUUGGAGUACUCCAGAGGCCUGGACAAACUGGCCGAGCGCUUCUCCGGCAAGAUACGCUCCUCCAGGGAACAUCAGCACUUUAAGAAGGACCAGAACCUGCUGUCGACAGUGAACUGUUGGUACUUGGUUCUGAACCAGACAAGGAGAGAGAGCAGAGAUCAUGCUACCCUCAGCGACCUCUACAACAACAAUGUCAUCUUCCGCCUGGCACACGUCGGAGAGGAUGUCAUCAGACUUUUCAAAAAGAGCAAAGAUAUCGGGGUGCAGAUGCAUGAGGAGUUGGUAAAAGUCACGAAUGAGCUCUACACUGUGAUGAAGACCUACCACAUGUAUCACACCGAGAGCGUCAGCGCCGAGAGCAAGCUGAAGGAGGCAGAGAAACAGGAAGAGAAACAGAUUGGCAAGGCCAAUGAGGUCAACACCAGCCUCUUGCGCCAUGACGACCGCCCACAGCGACGCAGCUCCGUCAAGAAGAUGGAGAAGAUGAAGGAGAAGAGACAAGCCAAAUACUCUGAAAACAAGCUGAAGUGCAUUAAAGCCCGGAACGACUAUUUGUUGAACCUGGCCGCGACCAAUGCUCUGGUGGCCAAAUAUUACAUCCACGAUGUCUCUGACAUGAUAGAUUGCUGUGACAUGGGCUAUCAUGCCAGCCUGGCGCGGACCCUGAGGACCUACCUGUCUGCAGAGUACAGCCUGGAGACGUCCCGCCACGAGGGGCUGGACCAGCUGGAGGGGGCCGUGGAUGCCAUGGAUGUCAGAGGGGACAAACACAGGGUCAUGGACGUGCACAGUCAGAUCUUCUGCCCGCCCACACGCUUCGACUACCAGCCACACAUGGGCGAUGAGGUGUGUCAGGUGAGUGCCCAGCAGCCGGUGCAGACAGAGCUCCUGAUGCGUCACCACCAGCUCCAGUCCCGCCUGGGCACGCUCAAGAUAGAGAACGAGGAGGUAAGAAAGACUCUGGAUGCCACCAUGCAGACGCUGCAGGACAUGCUGACGGUCGAGGACUUUGAUGUGUCUGAGGCUUUCCAGCACAGCCAAUCCACUGAGUCGGUCAAGUCUGCCUCGUCCGACUCCUACAUGAGCAAGGUCAACGUUGCUAAGAGACGAGCCAACCAGCAGGAGACGGAGGGCUUCUACUUCACUAAAUUGAAAGAGUACCUGAAUGGCAGCAACCUCAUAGUGAAACUACAGGCCAAGCAUGAUCUACUGAAGCAGACGCUAGGAGAAGGAGAAAGGGCUGAAUAUGGAACAACAAGGCCCCCCACUCUUCCCCCUAAACCUGGGAGAAUGCGGAAGCCUAGACCUCGCUCCAUUUUUAAUCAUAAACUCUUUAAUGGCAAUAUGGAGGCCUUCAUCAAGGACUCAGGGCAGGCCAUACCAGUGGUGGUUGAGAGCUGUGUUCGCUACAUCAAUCUAUAUGGCCUUCAGCAGCAGGGCAUAUUCAGGAUUCCCGGCUCACAGGUCGAAGUCAACGAUAUCAAAAAUUCAUUUGAGAGAGGUGAGGACCCAUUGGUGGACGAUCAGAGUGACCAUGACAUCAUGGCGGUGGCAGGCGUUCUGAAGCUGUACUUCAGGGGGUUGGAGACCCCACUGUUCCCCAAAGAACGCUUUCUCGACCUCAUGUCUACCAUCAAACUAGACUCUGGUGCAGAGAGAGCUCAUCACCUUCAGCAGAUCGUUGUAACUCUUUCUCGCCCCGUCAUCAUCGUCAUGAGAUACCUGUUUGCAUUCCUCAACCAUCUAUCCCAAUACAGUGAUGAGAACAUGAUGGAUCCCUAUAACCUGGCUACCUGCUUCGGCCCGACUCUGAUGCCCAUACCUGAUGACCAUGAUCCUGUGGCCUGCCAGACGCACGUUAAUGAGGUCAUCAAGACCAUCAUCAUCCACAACGAGGUCAUCUUCCCGAGUCACCGUGAGCUGGACGGACCAGUCUAUGAGAAGUGCAUGGCUGGAGGAGAGGAGUACUGUGACAGUCCCCAUAGUGAGCCAGGUGCCAUUGAUGAAGUGGACAAUGGUACAGGACCUCCCACCAGUGAUGACGAACUAGAGCAAAUCGAGGCCAUUGCUAAGUUCGACUACGUGGGGCGUACUCCCAGAGAGCUUUCCUUUAAGAAGGGGGCAUCUCUGUUGUUGUACCUGAGAGCCUCUGAUGACUGGUGGGAGGGACGACACAACGGAGUGGAUGGACUCAUCCCACAUCAGUACAUUGUGGUCCAGGACAUGGACGAUGCAUUCUCAGACAGUCUGAGUGGGAAGGCUGAGAGUGAAGCCAGUAGUGGACCCCACCAGGAGGACAGAGACAGGACCUCAUCCAGGAACCAAGACCAUGACCGCAGCUCCCCCUGCGAACACACACAACAUACCCCUGAACACCGCUAUGGAGCUGCUUUGGGAAGGGUGAGGGUUCGUUCAGAUGGUGCUGCUAUCCCUCACCGCAGGGGCACAGCCGACACCCACAGCCCUACCAGAGGUAUGGACAUGCCCUCUAGGGUCAUACCUCGCCCCUGCAGCCCUCACAAGAUGUCCGUCAGCAGGGGCCGCAUGGACAGUCCAGAGAAACACCAUCUCAGCACGUUUGGCAGCGCAGGAAGUAUCAACCACCCAGACAGGAAGUGCUUCCCCGAUGGCUCCGUCCUCAGACCAUCCACCGGCUCCACCCGCCAUGGUAGCCUUGGUGACCACAAAUCACUGGAGGCCGAGGCCCUGGCAGAGGACAUAGAAAAGACCAUGAACACCGCCCUGCAUGAGCUACGUGAGCUGGAGCGUCAGAAUGUGGCCAAGCACGCUCCCGAUGUGGUCCUGGACACCUUGGAGCCCCUGAAGCAGCAGCAACCCUCCUCCUCCGGGUCCGGACCACCCUCUGAGCCCCCCGGCAGCCCCCUGCACACUAACACCAUGGCCAUCCGAGACCCUGACGCUGCCCUACGCCGUAGCAGCUGUUCCUCGUCCACCGAGACCAUGAGCACCUUCAAACCGACUGCACGGAGGCCCAUCGCCCCCCUGAGGCCACCGCCGAUCAGACCCCUCCGGCCUGCCCCCAUCCACCCGGGACAUGGCCAUGGACAGGGGCAGCACAGGUCCAGUAGUUCCAGCUCCUCAGGCAUGGGUAGUCCAGCCUCUAUCACCCCCACAGACAGGGUGUUCCCCAAGGCACCAUCCCCGUCCCCCUCCACUUCCUCCUCGUCCUCAGACAAACAGGGUAACAUGUAGCCUGGCUGAGCAGGCUGCAGCAGUCCCAGACAGAGCCCAGGAACUGUUGUAUGAACUGACUAAGCAGGCUGCAGCAUAGCCCUAUAUAGGACACUGUGUAUCCACGCAUGGCUGUCCUAAAAGGCUAAAAUGGAGAGCCUGGAAAAUAACUGGCUAAAUGUUUUAGGGGGGGUUCGUGUUUCUGAAAAUCCUGCUACUGAAGGCAUAUCUAUAUUCUGUAACUCCUUGUUAGUCCACACUAAUAGUAUAAUGUGUGGAUAUCUGUAAAAAAAAAAAAAAACGUUCUGAGACUCUUUUCUCCAAACCGGCAGCGUCUUCUUCAUUUCUGCUGGCUGUGACAAAAUAAACACUUUGAGGCCUUGUCUCUGUGGGAACAAUAUCGACCACUAACUAGUAGGAGGUUGGAUUCAACAUGUAGGAUGAGGGCUGAUUAAUUGAUUUAUUGACAGCUGAACAUCCACCAGUAUUGACUGUGCUUGUCGGUGGAGAUUAUGAAUCACUCAGCAGAAACAUGAACCCUACUAUGAUAAUCAUUAUAAAUGAUGUUUCUACUCUCCCCACGUGGCACAUAACUGCCACAGAACAAACCUGAUCAAAGGGAUGCACUGGAUAACUCUUUGUUUACUGUUCUAGCCAUAGAGAGAUAUCUGGGGUUUGUUUUUCAGAAUAACAAACCCUCUCAAAUGGAAGCUUGGUGUUUGUGAGCUGGGAGUCUGAGACUAGCAUUUAUUACUCUGCAGAUUGUAAUAAGUAUUCCUAUCUUUCUUUCUCCCUCUUUUUCUCUGUAUCUCUCUUUCUCUCCUUUUCUCUGUCUCUCUCUCUCUUUCUCCCUCUCUUUUUCUCUCACUGUCUCGCUCUCUCCAGUUUGAGAUUAGCGGUGGUACCUCAAGAAAAGAGCAAACACCUUGUCAUGACCCGACCCAGUCUACUAAAGAGAAUAAUGCACUGAUUUGAUUUG